UUUUGCAUGGAAUAUUUUGCCAAUAACUUUAACUGGCUAGAGGAAAGCCUGGGGCAUGUGGAGGAUGACUAUAUAUUGUUUGAUUGCCCAGGUCAGAUCGAACUCUAUACACAUUUGCCAGUGAUGAAACAGCUGGUGGAGCAGCUUCAGCAGUGGGAAUUCCGUGUCUGUGGAGUUUUUCUUGUGGAUUCUCAGUUCAUGGUGGAAUCUUUUAAGUUUAUCUCUGGAAUUCUGGCAGCACUCAGUGCAAUGAUAUCUUUAGAGAUUCCACAGAUUAACAUCAUGACCAAAAUGGAUUUGCUGAGCAAGAAAGCCAAGAAGGAAAUAGAAAAGUACUUAGAUCCAGAUAUGUAUUCUAUGAUUGAAGAUUCUACAAAUAUAUUGAAAAGCAAAAUGUUUAAAAAAUUGACUAAAUCUAUAUGUGGAUUGAUUGAUGACUAUGGUAUGGUUCGAUUUCUACCUUUUGAUCGCUCUGAUGAGGAAAGUAUAAACAUAGUUCUGCAGCACAUAGACUUUACCAUUCAGUAUGGAGAAGAUCUUGAAUUUAAGGAACCAAAGGAAUGUGAAGAAGAUAAAUCUGCUCUUGUGGAUGAAUACUUUCAAGAUCAUGUGGAUGAGUAAAAAACGGAUGUUCAAAAAUGGGAGGAAAAUACUUGUGUUAAAAAAUAAAAAUGAAAAAAAAAAAAAUCCACCCCUACAUAAACAUACUUGAUGUUUUAUCUGUAAGAGAACUAAUAUUUAUAGUGAAGAGUGAGCUGUAUGACCUUAUAACUAUUUUAAUAAACAAUUUUUAUU